CGGAGAGGUUCUGCGUGCCGGCGGGGACAGCCGGCCGGCUUCCCGGGGUAGCGGUCUAGGCAGGCGCUUCCUCUGCGCACUCGCUCUCCUUUCCCUGCACCGGCCAUGCGCCCGGCCUUCGCCGUGGGCCUGGUGUUCGCAGGCUGCUGCAGUAACGUUAUCUUCCUCGAGCUCCUGGUCCGUUCUGCUCCAGGAUGUGGGAACAUUGUGACAUUUGCACAAUUUUUGUUUAUUGCUGUGGAAGGCUUCCUCUUUGAAGCUGAUUUGGGAAGGAAGCCGCCUGCUAUCCCAAUAAGGUACUAUGUCGUAAUGGUCGCCAUGUUCUUCACCGUCAGCGUGGUCAACAACUACGCCCUCAAUCUGAACAUCGCCAUGCCCCUGCAUAUGAUAUUUAGAUCUGGCUCUCUAAUUGCCAACAUGAUUCUAGGAAUUAUCAUUUUGAAGAAAAGAUACAGUAUUUUCAAAUAUACCUCCAUUGCCCUGGUGUCGGUGGGGAUAUUUAUUUGCACUUUCAUGUCAGCAAAGCAGGUGACUUCCCAGUCCAGCUUGAAUGAGAAUGAUGGAUUCCAGGCAUUUGUAUGGUGGUUACUAGGUAUUGGGGCACUGACUUUUGCUCUCCUGAUGUCAGCCAGAAUGGGUAUAUUCCAAGAGACCCUAUAUAAACAAUUUGGGAAGCACUCCAAGGAGGCUUUGUUUUAUAAUCAUGCCCUUCCACUUCCUGGUUUCAUCUUCUUGGCUUCUGAUAUUUAUGACCAUGCAGUUCUAUUCAAUAAGUCUGAAUUUUAUCAAGUUCCAGUCAUUGGUGUGACAAUGCCCAUCAUGUGGUUCUACCUCCUCAUGAACGUGAUCACGCAGUAUGUGUGCAUUCGGGGUGUGUUCAUCCUCACCACAGAGUGCGCCUCCCUCACCGUCACCCUGGUCGUGACGCUGCGCAAGUUCGUGAGCCUCAUCUUUUCCAUCUUGUACUUCCAGAAUCCGUUCACCCUGUGGCACUGGCUGGGCACUGUGUUUGUCUUCAUUGGGACUGUAAUGUACACAGAGGUGUGGAACAAUCUGGGGACCACAAAGAGUCAGCCUCAGCAGGACAGCAAGAAAAACUGAGGUCUGCCUGGGACAGAUGGACCCGGGUCUGGGGGAUCCAGUGAAGGUCUGGCUUCCCUUUCUCGGCUGCUAACGCAGAAUGAUCCCCAGUAUCGAGCCAAACAUGCACCAGAGAACCGUCAGAAGGAGAGGCCUUCUCAGAUUUCUCACGGGUAUAUAGAUCAACAUUUGUAGACUCUGAAUAGAAAUCCCUGAACCCUAAACUAGGAAAAAGAGCAGUGCUGUACUAUUAAACAGCCUGUCCAUUUGUUAUUUCUAUUUUGUUUACCGAAAUAUUCAGUACUCGACUUGUUUAUUGAAUUGAGUCUCCGGAGCUCCUGGUUUAGCGUCCAUAGUGUAGGGCAAGAUUAUGCCUCUGGUCACUGUUCUGAUCAUUUUCUCCUGUAACAGUCUUUAUCCUGGGGCCUCAUCUCUUUUCCCUCCUGUCACCUUACCGAUCCCUAGCAGCAUUUUUUUCUUUUUCACUCAGUCAGAUGCUCCAGGAGCCAUCAUGCACAGGAACAUCUGAGUAGCCAAGUGAACCGAGACGUGGGGGCGGGCUUCCUCCAGCCCGUUGGGAAAGAAGCAGGUGGCCCGGUGAGCUGAGCCCUGGUGAUACUUGAGCAGGACUGGUAGAACUCCCUUUCCUGCGAUUUGCUUUUUUCUACCCCCAUGCAAAAGUCAGCGGCUACUCUCCUCUUUUGCCUUUGGUCCUUAGACUAAUCCCACAAGGUCAGGAAGAACGGAAAGUUGUGUGUGCAGUAGAUUCCCUCAGCUUGUCCAUGACGCCCACUGGCCAAGAGCAGGGUGGCCUAGAAGCCCCUGGCCCUGUUUAAUACCCUGAGAGCCACAGCUUCCCUCGUAGGCCCAGCCAGGCACUCACACAGUUGGUCCUGAAUGGGAGUUCAAGCUUCAAGAGGCUCCACCACUCAGCUCUGCCAGCCUGCAGCUCUCAGAUGCCUGUCCAGCCAAGUGGAUGAGUAGACUAAGAAAUAGAAUGGGUGUGGGCAUGGUGUAGAAGACAGGGCAAAUCACAACUCCAAGUGAGAGUAAUACUCCUUUUCUCCGGUCAGGUAUCUUGAUGAUUACUGCAGGGAGAGAAUAUAUGUGGUGUAAUUAUAUGUGGGAACAUGCCUCUUUUUGCUAAUCAUUUCAGAGGUCUGGUUUUCCUCUCAUGGGAUAAUUUUGAGAAAGAAAAACGCUGUCAGCUAGCAUGUGUUUAUGUGUGUGUCCUCAUGUCUCAUGUAGCGUGUGUGCGAUCGAAGAACAUGUGAGUCUGGUCUUUUCCUUUUUUCACUUCGCCACCGACCUUCAGUAAACUCAGUGGAACACACUCUUCCGUAAGCAGGUGGACUUCCUCAUCACUUCCCUUUUUGCAUAUAGACAAAGGUCUUUCAUCGUUUGCGGGACUGCGCAGAUGGUGUUCGUGAACUGAGACGUGGCUCUCUGUGUCUCCCAGCCUGCUCCACAGCGUGGCAUGUUUACUCCAGGGGCUGGAGCUGAUUUCUGAUGGGUCUGAGCAGUGACAGUGCAGAUACAUGUCCUAGAGCCUCAGCUUCACUUGAGGAAGUCAUUUAAGCUGCCUCAGCUUUUUUUCUUGCUUAAAAUAUGGAUACGGUCUGUCCACCUAAGUCACCAGGUCUACAGACCCAUUCAUUGUUCUAGACAUUGACAACUUUCAAGCGCCAGUAAUGGUCUAUUCUAAAAGAUGCUAAAUUAGAUUUGAUUCCAUUCACGGAGUCAAAAGCUGUUUGCUUUGAAAUAUGUGGAGUUCCUCAGACUGAUGGUGCUAUAAAUACCCUCUUAAAAAGGAAAACAAUAAAAGCUACUUUUUCUCAACACUUACUAGAAGAACCUAUCCCUUGGGGAUAUUUGAUUGGCACAUAUCUGGAAUCUCUGGGUGACUCUUUAAUAGGAUAUAACCUUACGUAACAGUAUCACCCUGUUGACAGGAGAUAUUAUCGUUUUCAGUUAUUUGAAACUUGUUGAGGUACUCAGACAGCAUUUUACUGGGCCCAUUCGGUUUUAGAUUCUGAUUUUAGAGUGUGUCUCAGUGCGAGUACCUUUGCCAGUCUUACUUCUAGGAGGAUAUGUAGGGAUGGAGCAUAGAUUAGAUCACACUUACAAUAGACGAGCACAGGCAGGUACGGAAUGCCUAGAAUGCCUGUGAAUUGGCUAUUCUCUAGUAGUUAGAUAUAAGGAAAUACUUGUUAAAACUUUUAAAAGCUAAAAUUAAAAAGAGAAAUGAUUCCCUUUGGUUAACUGAUUUUUCAAUCCAGGCCAAAAAUUUUUUCAAAUUCUUUUUUUUUUAAAAGAAUUAUUUUAUUUUAUUUAUUAUCAUCAUUAUUGUUUGUUUUGUUUGACCAGAGAGAGAGAAGGGGAAAGUAGGAAAGCAAACCUCCAGGUCUGGGAUUCGAACCUUGGUUGGCCAUGUGAGAGUCCAGCGCCUUAACCACCACACCACCCGCCAGUCCCAGUUUUUCAACUCUUAUUAAAGGAAAAGGAUCUGUUUUGUAAGAGGACCAGAGUCCUAGCAGACUAGAGGAGAAAAAUCUCUAAUUGUUUCUCUUUCUCUGGAUCAAGACCAUGUGAUUUUGUGCUUCAUAGAGAAUGCAGUUUGUUUACAAAAGGGUUUGGUAUUUAAGACAUCCAAAACUAUGCCAGAGAAAAAUUGAAAUAGGAAAAGAACACUGGGCAAAAAGUGUGUGUGUGUGUGUGUGUGUGUGUGUGUGUGUCUGUGCACACCUCUCCUCGUUUCAGCUUGGCUAGGAGAAGGAGAAGAUGAGGAGUAUUUGUAUUAUGGUCAUUUAGUGUCUACAUAGCCUUCGUUAAAAUUCUUUUGUCACAUUACAAAUGCUGUCCUUUUCAUUUUAAUUAGUCCUUUUAUUUUCGGUCCUUUGUUUUCUUUUUCAUCCAGCUAAGACAACUGUUAAUA